GUGUUCAGCGACGGGGAGGCCCGCGGGUACGUGGGAGAGGGCCGUUGCAGGGAGCUGAGGGUCUGGGCUGCGGAUUCAAAGUCAGGAGCCUGGAGCCUGGGUGAGACCCCCUGGGAGGGGCCGGGUGGGGGGCACAGGAGUUCCUGGUAGAGAGGGAAGAACUGAGGACGAGCCCUUGGGGCAGGGGCUGGGGGGAGAACGCAGGAGUCCACCAAGAGUCACCUCAGAGCUCCAGCCGGCCUGGCUGUGGAGGACGCAGCAGAGGUGGCCAGGGGACCUGGAGUCUCACUGAGCCUGUGGUCGGGCUGGGGGGGCCUGAGAGCCUGGGGAUGGGACAGGGCUAUUGGUGGAGGUCCCACCAGACCUGUUUUCUCACACUUGGUGUCCCAGGCCCUUUCUGGGGGGUCAGCUGUGCCCAGUGCUUGUGUGGUGUGUGGGGACAGAGGGCAUUGAGCUGUGAGGAGUUUAACUGACUGAGGGUCCCUGACCUCACGUGCCUCCGAGCUGCCGCCUUCAGCGCCUGCCCCCUGCCCCCGCACCCCUCCGUGCUGGUCAUCGCCUUCGCCCAGAGCCGGGGGCUGUGGCGUCUCAGCGGACGCUCCUCUAGCUAGUGGGUCCACUCAGGCCUUAGAGGGCCCUGCUCGGGUGGGGGCUGUAGCUGGGUGGGCAGAGGGGCUGCCCUGAGCUGCCCCUGUGACCCGCCCUCGCCACAGGGAGCGGCUUCCGCACAGCGUGGGGUGGGGCUGCUGUAGGGGAACUGGGGCGCGGGAACACCUGCCCUGGUUUCCAGGCAGACAAAGACUUGAGAAGGGACAGGAGUGUGUGGUGGCGGGGUCCCCAUGGUGGCCGGGCCCACGUGGGUGUUGGCAGCAAACAGCUGUGUGAUGCUCGGCACAGGUGCGGGCCGAGCCUGGGGUCGGCUGGGCCCCCAGGAUGGGGGCUGGGCAGGCGCCUGACGUGCUUAGUAAGUUGUCUGCUCGGUGGGUCAGCGUGACAGACGCCCGAUACGUGGGCCAGGUGUGCAGGGCCUCGGGCGGUGGGGGCCGGUACCACCAGAGGCCAGGCAGCCGCCGCGUGCCCCCAGAGAAGGAGAGGGGCACGCUGGAGGGGGUGCUGCCCACCAGACUCCCAAGUAGCUCAAUGUCAGAGGCUACAGCUUGUCAACUUAAAAAAAAAAGAUUUUUCUCACCGUCUGCGGAAGACGGGGGCGCGCACACGCGCACAACAGGCGGCCUGACGCCGCGAUCCCCUCCCCGGCGUGGCCCCCUGCCGCUGGCAGAGCUUGCCUCUCCCUCCGCCCCAGCUGUCGUGGGCCGUGGCCUCGGCCGUGGCAGCCUUGCCCAGCACAGCCGGGGAGGAAUUUCCCACAGGUGGGCCGGGGAGCUCAGCUUUCUCACCUGUUGUUGGGGAGUCGGGCAGGGGGAUUUCCAGCUUCCACCCUGCUGUCCUCCCUGAGCGAGGCCCUCCGCCUGAAACUGUACAUUACCUGGUGAACGGUUCAUUUCAUCUCAAGGUUAUGGUGUGAAAGGUACACCAACUACACAGCAUAGCCUCCCCUGCCUCGAGGGCACCCAGUGAUGUCGGAGCCCGUGUGGGCAGGCUUCCAUACACCGCAGCCCUGCACACGGCCCUCCCGCCUGCCCCGGAACUGCCCCGCUCGCGUCCGAGGCCGCAGGUGCUCUGGGGGACCAUCUGUGGGUCACCCCAGCCUUCACUGUUACGUUGGAGCUUUCGGGACACCCUAAGCCCAGGGCGGGUAUGUGGUGAGGCCGGCUUGGCCCGGCCCCUGGGGGGGACACGGCCGUCCUGCCGGCCCCUCGCCCAGCCAGGGAGUCAGAGUGGGUGCAGGUGGACCCCUCACCCCCAUCGUCACAGGAGCAGCCGCACACACGUGCCUCACGCACACACAGGAUUCUACAUGCUCCCAGGCAUACUUUGUACCCAGGGUACAGGGCAGGCGCUGUCCUAACAGUACCGUGGACGAUUGUCUCCAGUCCUGGGGCCGGGCGUCUGAGAGCAAGUGUGGGCAGGGCUGCUUUCUCCUGAGGCCUCUGUCCUUGGUGCCCGACACUGCCUUCUCCUUUGUCGUCACGCGGCCUCCCUCUGCGCUCUCCUGGGGUCUCUCCCAGAAGGACGCCCGCCCUUUGGGAUCAGGGCCCACCCCUCUGACCCCCUCUGAAGUUUACCACCACCCUAGAGGUCCCAUCUCCAAACAGCCAAACGUUGGAGGUCAGGGCUUCACCCCGUGAACCUGGGGACACAGGCCAGCUCCUGACCCCUGCGUGUGCACUCGUGUGCUCGCCACUUACGCCUGUGCCCCUGCACACUUGCAUGCUCCGCUUGUAGGCACAGGCCCCUCAGAGCUCUUGGCCUCAGUCUGAGCCAGUUUUGGAUGCUCGGGCCAGGGAGUACGCUCUGGAGUCUGCGGACCGUGGCUCUUCCUCCCGAGCCAAUGUCCAGUAGAGGGUCCAGAGCGGAGAGGCCUGUCUCCUGACCCGGUGUGCUGCCUGCGUUUACCCAUGUGCUCUGUGCACCCCUUUGCUGAGGGAGCGGUGAGGACUGGCGCAAAUGUAGCCUUUUGUGGGGGGCAUCGCGAGAGUGGCCACCUGCUCCCCGGGGGUCUGCCGGCCCUGUACAGGGAGAGUGGGUCCCCAGAGGAGUGAACCUGUGGAGGGCUCCGGAGACUAGCCUCAUCCAAACGGCUUGGUUGAGCUGGGCACAGCAGGAGGGUACCCAGUGUGCCCAGCCAAAGGGGCUCCAUGUCCCUGGUGCGAUGGGGGCAAGAGGGGUCCAGUGUGGGGGGUGGGUGCAGACUAGAUGUGCUGGCCCUAGCAGGGGUCAGGAGGCUGUGGGUCCCUCACUUUGGCCCCAGGUCUGCGUGCCGGGUUGGUGCCCAGCUGCCAGCUGGCUGAGCCUGAGGUUAGUGGACGUAGUUGAGGGGACGAGGGCCCCGGGGCCCAGGGCAGGAGAGAAGCCACAGCCUGGAGGGUUGCUGCCCAGACUAGCUGCCUUCUUGCCACCAGCCCAGGUCAGGGGUCCCCAGCCCUUCCUGGGCCUCCCUCCUCCUGGUCCCCUCCUCCUCUCUCCCUCCCCACCCCUCCUCCGCAGCCCUUAUAGCCACAUCCUGCAAGGAAAAACCCCAGACUCCUGCACCGCCCGCGGAGAUGAGGAUGCUCGUGGAGCCUCAGCGGCCCAGCGGGCCUCACUCCGCCCUCCUACUCCUGGGGCUUGUGCUGGGCGCUGCAGCCGGGCUCACCUGUGUGGGGAAUGCCUACCCCAAAGACGGCAAGUGCUGUCAUGACUGCCCACCAGGUUAUGGGAUGGAGAGCCGCUGCAGUGGAGGCCUGGACACCCAGUGUCUCCCGUGUCCGCCUGGCUUCUACAACGAGGCUACAAACUAUGAACCCUGCAAACCCUGCACACAGUGCAAUCAGAGAAGUGGGAGCGAAGCCAAGCGGAGAUGUACAGCCACACAGGACACCGUCUGCAGCUGUAAGCCAGGCACGGAGCCCCAGGACGGCUUCAAGCGCGGAGUCGACUGUGCCCCGUGCCCACCGGGACACUUCUCCCCAGGUGAUGACCAGGCCUGCAAGCCCUGGACCAAUUCUGGGACCAUCCAGUCCAUCUGGGAGGAGUCGGCGGGAGUGGGGGGCCUCCGGCCUGAUCAACACCCCUGCUUUCCUCAGCUGUACCUUGAUGGGAAAGCGUACAGUGAGGCCAGCCAGCCAAAGCUCGGAUGCUGUCUGCGAGGACAGGAGCUCCCCAGCCACACUGCCGUGGGAGACCCAGGGCCCCCCAGCCUGGCACCCCACCACCCAGCCCACCACGGCUUGGACCGGGGCCUCACAGGGGCCCUUCACACCCCCUACAGAGCCCCCAAGGGGCCCCCAGCUGGCUGCUGUCUUGGGCCUGGGCCUGGGCCUGCUUGCCCCCGUGGCGGCCGCGCUGGCCCUGCUCCUGCACCACAGAGCCUGGCGGCUGCCCCCCAGUGGAAACAGCUUCCGGACCCCCAUCCAAGAGGAGCACGCCGACGCCAACUCCACCCUGGCCAAGAUCUGAGCAGCUCGCGCUCCCACCCCAGGCUGGGGGCCCAGAGGGUCUGCUAGACGUCGAGGGGCAUUGGGGUGCCCCCAGGCACAGGCCGCCACGCCCCGUCACCCGGGUGACCCGUCACCCCCCCACCCCCCCACCCUACCCUGCACCGUUUUAGGUGCUCCUGGGCUGGCACCCAGGGCUCUGCUACGUAUGCUGUGCAUACUCCCUGCCCAGCGUGGUGCCCCCAAUAAACGACCUUGACC